CGGAACUACGUUUACAGUAUCUGUGGCGCAAAAAUGGAGGAUAACGUUAAAGACAUCAGCAGACCUCAGAUGUAUUUAUUUGGUUGCUCACUUAAAGCAGAUAAGAAAGAGCACAGAGUUGAGGUGGAGGAUGAUGAUGACAAUGAACAUCAGCUGUCACUCAGUGCGGUGUGUUUGGGGUCAGAGGCAGAGGAUAAAUUUCACACCGUGGAGAUGGAGGGAUUGACAUACGAUGGCAAGAAGACCAAAAUCACUCUUGCUGUUCUGAAACCAUCCGUUCUGCCUUCUUUGAGUCUGGGAGGGUUCGAGGUCACACCUCCUGUGUCUUUCCGCCUGCAGUCGGGAGGAGGGCCGGUCUACAUCAGUGGUCAACAUUUCGUCAGCACAAAAGAAUCAGAUGAUGAGGAUGAGGAGGAAGAGAAUAACACGUCACCAGUGAAGAGACCGUCCAACAUGACCCUUACGAAAGUGCCUCAGAAAAAGCUAAAAAUGGACUCUGAUGAAGAUGAAGACUCAGAUGAGGAGAGUGAGGAAGAUGAGGAUGAUGAGGAAGACGACAAUGAAGAAGAUGAUGAGGAUGAAAAGACACCAAAGAAGGCCCCCAUCAAAACGUCUCAAAAACAGACCCCAGAGAAGAAGAAGAGUGCAGACAGACAGAACGGCUCGCCAGACAGGAAAGCAGCAACACAAGGAAAAUCUCAAGAAAAGACACCACAGAAGUCAAAAGACAAGUCUGCGGCAGGUUCGUCCGGGAAGUCUCCCAGCACUCCGGACCUGAGUGAGAUCAAAAACAAGCUGGCAUCGGCAGCUAAAGAGGGGAGGCCGCUUCCAAAAACGGAACAGAAGUUUGAGAACUACGCUAAAAGCUCGUUCAAGAUCUCGGAUAAACAAGUGAUCAAAGACCUUUGGAAGUUUGUACAAUCACUGAAAAAGUAAUGGCAGCUCUGUGCAGAAGUCUGAGGUCGGCCAGUGACUCCUUCAGCUGCGCGAUCUGGCCUCUUCCUCACCGAACACGAUCCUCAUAGAGCUAAAAAGCCUUCGGCAAUGGAGAUAUUAUGGUUCAUGUUUGAUCUUUUCUUUGAAUGAUAGAUGAUGAUUUUCUUUUAAAACAUUAUUGAAAUGUUUUUGUCAGGCUGUUAUCAUUUUAAACUAAUUUUUAAGGGUGAAUCUCACAAAAUCUAUAUAGGUUAUGCAUCAUCUCUAAAUGAAUAGAGAAAAAUAUUUUGAGUGUUUUCUGAGAUUUUUUGCAUUGCAUUGUGACUUAUUUUCAUGACUUUUAAGCCAGUUAUGUGCUUAUACUUAUCACUGUUAUGUGACAUAAAUGAUUUAUUACAUAUGUUUUUGUAUAAUUAUAUCAUGGGUUUAAUAAAAUAAAAUAAAAUUUUACUGCAGUAAUACAUAAUACAUUCAAAAGCAUUACAGUUAUGAAAUGUGCUUGUCUGUCAUGAAAAUAAUUCUUCCGAUGCAAAAAAAAUUGUAAGGGUCCUAAAAGAAAAUGUUUAAUUUUCUUCAUACAUUAAUUUAAUUUUUAUUUUGUACUGAAUGUGAAAUUUUUCUUGAGAUUCACCUGUAAAUGCUUAAAAAAUUGAUCGCCACUGAACUGAUGCUCAUUGGUGCUUAUUUCUCAUAUAAUAAUAAUUUGUUUAAAAAAAUUCAAGGUUUAAAAUUGAUCUUACUCUACCUGUAGCCAUUUUCUGUAAAUACUCCUCUUUAUCUGAAGGCAGCUGACAUUGCUAAUAACUCCUAAAGAUGCUUAAAUGUUAAAGAUUCCGUCGGAUUUCAAGUAUUCCGUCCGGCAUGAAAUUCCUUCUAAAUCGAGGAUUCCCAGUGUUCCGUAUAGCUCUCAGGUUUCUUCCCUGCCGCGACCUGUAUGGCCUUUAUCAUUUACACACUGUAAGCUUGAAUACAUUUAAGCUUUGCCCUCAUCUUAAAUGCUUUAGAUGCUCAUGAAAACGGAGAAGUUCGGUCUAAAGUUUAUACCUCGUAAAAAAAAAAAAGAUUGUUAGUCCCCUAGUAUUAGGUCAUUAAAUACGACAACAAUACUGUUUAAUUGAUAAAAUGCUUGAAAACUAAACUUUUCAUUUUAAUUUUUUGCAAUAAGCUUUUUUAUUUUGUUAGUGCUAACCCCUAAAUAUACGUAGGUGGUUUUUUGAGAGAGUCUGUCCUCAAUCUGUUAUAAUUUCUUUGACGCAUGUUGUGUUGCUUUAAGUUUGUACAGAUGUGAUUUUUUUUACACAUCGUCUGUAUUGCAUAUGAGCAGCGCAUGGUAACAAAACAUCAUCAGCCCUCAUAUAAUCAACGGUAUGUGUCUAUACUGUUAGUCAUUUUUCAUUGACUAUAAAGGGAGCACUGUAGGGUCGUUGCAUUAUGCCACUCGUAUGCAGUAUAGAUGAGAUGUCUUGUCAUGGAUGAAAAAAGGAAAGAAACCAGGUUUAUACUGUUUUACAUCCUUUUUGUUUUUUCUUUAAAUAAUGUGAAGUUACCUAUACUCUGUACUGAAGUUACUCAUGUGUCUCUGCAAAGAUCACCAAGUGCAACCAAUAAGUUGUUGUUAUGGUGUAUAGAUGCAACUGUGUGAUUCUUUACAAAGUAAUAAACUGUUCUUUUAUCUUAACUUUCAUCUUAAUUUUUUCUGUUCCCAAUUAUUUUUC